UACAAUGGCGCCUGAAAUCUGCUCUAAUGUUAUAGAAGCUGCUGUUGGAUUAUUGGUGAUUUUAUCAGGGAUGUCUUAUGCCACUGCAGGAGUAGAAACUAACUGUGAUGGCAGACAGGAUGGAGCUCAGUGUUAUGGACCUCUAGGAGGGACUGUGGUCAUCCAUCUGGUGGACAGCGCUUCAGAAAUACCUAUUUAUGAAAUAAAACAUACAACAUUAAUAAUUCUUAAGGGCAAAAAGAAUGUAACGACUUUGGAUCCCAACGGAAGCAAAUAUCUGUUUAUUCCCAGUAAUGGUAGAUUUAGUAUCAGGAAUCUUAGCACGACUGACAGUGGUGAAUAUAGUGUGGAUACCUUUGAUUCUGACGGACGGAUGACAGAACAGCAUAAACUUGGGUUGUCGCUUGAAGCUCCAGUGUCCUCUGUCCAGCUAGUUUCUGAGUGUUUGUCCCAGGGACAGGUGAAGGUGUCCUGUCUCUCUAAAGGAGGAGAGUCUCCUAAAUACAACUGGACCCUGAAUGGACACAUACUGACAGACUCUGAGCUCCUCUCUGGAAACAAUACAACUAACAUCAUCAUCCUGAGGCAAAAGAUCUCAGGACUCCUGAUCUGCUCAGUCAGGACCAAAGUCAGUUCUCUUUUCAAAGAAAAAUACACAUCUACCUGUGACUUUGUUAACUGCACUUCCAAUGGUGUACACAUUUCUAAGUGGGCAUUUAAAGAAAAUAACACUCUGUGUGUUGAAACUAUGGAAGAUAAACAUAAUAUUGUGGGGCUGUUACAAAUAAUAGUUGGUGCACUCGGAGUUCUGCUAAUUGUCCUACUCGUCAGCAUGGGAUUUAUCUGUGCGAAAAGGAACAAACAAAAUAACAAUGAGAAAGACGGCAGAGAACUGACCGACGCUGAUAGGAGAACAGGGCAGCAGGAGCGAAGUAUGGAUAUCCAAGUGGAGUAUGGUAAAGUGAAAAAGGAACCUCGGCAGUCCAACGUUAUGAUGGAUGAAAAUAUGGAUUACAGUGUUUAUGGAAAUGUGGGGGAAAAUGUGUAUGCAAAUAUCUGAAAAAUAUCUAUCUAUCUAUCUAUCUAUCUAUCUAUCUAUCUAUCUAUCUAUCUAUCUAUCUAUCUAUCUAUCUAUCUAUCUAUCUAUCUAUCUAUCUAUCUAUCUAUCUAUCUAUCUAUCU